AUGCUGAUGAAUAUGGGAGAUGACGGGAACGACGUCAAAAGAGUCGUGAUCUCCGAGGACGACCUCAUGUCCAUCAACAAGGAGGCUCUGCUCAAGAUAUGGAAGAGGCAGGAGAAGUACAUCACUUCACUGGAGCAAAAACAUCUGGCAGAAGUGAAAGAUCUGGAGGCGAAACUGCAGACGGCCCUCCACGAUAGUCAGAGGAAGGAGGACCUCAUGGUGAUGAGAUUAAAUGCCAAAGAGCAGGAGCUGCAGGAUUACAUGAACCAGAUCAGCGAGAUGAAGUCUUCCAGCGCCAACUCGGCCGUGCGGAACCUGCUUCUGGACCCGGCAGUGAACUUUAUCAUAGAGAAACUAAAACGGGAACUGUGUGACACCAAGGCCAAACUGGAGGAGACUCAGAGCGAACUGUCGGCAUGGAAGUUCACCCCGGACAGGUGUGCUCUCUCGCCACUAUCCCCGCGCUCAGCUCCCCGAGAUGUGCCCGCGCCCGCCCGCGCGAGCGACUGACAUUUGCAGCCGCGGGGCCGGCGGCGCCGUGUCCGAGGCCGCGCCCCUCUGACCGGCGACCGGCCGCACACGGACGCUCGCGGGGCCCGCCAGGGCAGCUGCUGCAUGACUGUGAUAGGAACGUCCGGCCUAGCCGACUGAGUGUAGUAACGAGUCUUUCAUUCGCCAUUGCCACGAGUUGCCGCCAGAAAGCGCCCCGCCGGGGUAGAUCUCCGAGCCUCAGUGGCUCCUGUGAUAGCGCGAGAGCGGUGCACGGAGCGGAUCCGCGCUCCGCCGCGGAGCCGGUGCUCAGAGACGCGCGCGGUGGCUCGCAGGCAGCGGUGUGCGCGCGCUGGCAGGUCCCGGUGCAGUGGCGAGAUGCGCGCGAGGCGAGCGGCGUUGGUGGUGCGCUGGCGGCUUUUGUGGCGUACCAGAGGCGUUGGUGGCGCGCGAGGAUCGCUUGUGUCGCGGGGCGCACGCAGUGCCGGGUAGCAGUGCUUUCCACCGGCAGCAGUGCCUGCUGGCCGACCGGAAGGUCAGCGGUGUCACGAUCUAUCCAGUCUCGCAUUGCCUCUCCAAGUGACGGAGCUCCGUCUUCUGCCGGGGGACGUCAGCCGCCCGCCCAGCGUCUGCCAACUCCUUCACCUGCCCAUUGCAGGCACCUGCGUGCAUCCACAUGUGAGCGAAUUUCGCCGCGGAGCCCGUGGCGCCGUUGGAGGGCGUUAGUGCCCCGAGAGGGUAUCGAAAGUCGUGCUCGCGCGCUCGGGGACAGUGGUGGUCGAUGGUGCUCGCGGUGGUGCGUUGGUGCUGGCUCGGUGGUGCGGUGUGCGCGGUGCUCGGCUGAUCGCGUGGUGCGCCGUCGGUGGCCGGUGGGCGGGGUGUGAGGCCGGCUGGCGGGUCGGAGAGCGCGCGGCCGGUGCGUGCAUGAGAUGGCAGCGCAGCGGUCGGCGGAGUGUCCGCGGUUCUUCAGCGUCCCGAGUCGCGGCGAGCGCCGGCAGGGCAGUGCUCCUGAAACGCAGUGCUCCUGAAAGGCGAGUUAUGCCUUGCGCCAGCUUUUGCCGAGUUCAUUUGUGGAAAGUGGCGGUCAUCCCACAUCAACAGCAGCAGCUACUGAGAGAUCGACAGCAGCGGCGGCGGCGGCGGCGUCCCCCUGGGCCUCCGCGCCCCAGCCUGACAUGACCACACGGCGGGCCUCCGUUCGUAAUGCUAAGUGUGCUCUGAGAGUGGCGGCGCGGCCCGGUCGGCCGGCCGGCCGCCGGUUGACGUUGCCCCGCCCCGGGC